AGCCCCCUAGCGCGCCUGCGCAGCGGGCCACCCUCCGCUUCCUCCUUCCCCUCCCCCUUCUUUCUCCCUAGCCCCCUCCCCCACUGCCCCCUCCCCCAAUUCUCCAUCCCCUUCCCUCCUGGUCUCGGAGGACCCCGUCCUACCCCGGUCUAUCUCGCCCGUAAUCUCCGCGAAGCCGUCGGUGCCACUCCCUGCCCAUGUGGGCCCCUGCGGGCUGCCCACGCUUGUCCCCCAGCUCCUGGUUCCUCUGGGCUUUCCCCUCGCCGGGGGUGGCUUUCUGAGCCGCCCGCUCCGUGCCCCUCUCUGCAGCCUCUCCUGCCAUUAGGGGCCCCCGUUUCCCCUCCCGGCGGCGGGGGGCUGCCCCCGGGGGGCUGGCGGAGCUGGGCCGCGGGGGCCCCGGGGCCGGCGGUGCCGGGGUCAUCGGGAUGAUGCGGACGCAGUGUCUGCUGGGGCUGCGCACGUUCGUGGCCUUCGCCGCCAAGCUGUGGAGCUUCUUCAUUUACCUUUUGCGGAGGCAGAUCCGCACGGUAAUUCAGUACCAAACUGUUCGAUAUGAUAUCCUUCCGUUAUCUCCUGUGUCCCGGAAUCGGCUAGGCCAGGUGAAGAGGAAGAUCCUGGUGCUGGAUCUGGAUGAGACACUUAUUCACUCCCAUCAUGAUGGGGUUCUGAGGCCUACAGUCCGACCUGGAACACCUCCUGACUUCAUCCUCAAGGUGGUAAUAGACAAACAUCCUGUCCGGUUUUUUGUACAUAAGAGGCCCCAUGUGGAUUUCUUCUUAGAAGUGGUGAGCCAGUGGUACGAGUUGGUAGUGUUCACAGCAAGCAUGGAGAUUUAUGGCUCUGCUGUGGCAGAUAAACUGGACAAUAGCAGAAGCAUUCUCAAGAGGAGAUACUACAGACAGCACUGCACUUUGGAAUUGGGCAGCUACAUCAAGGACCUCUCUGUGGUCCACAGUGACCUCUCUAGCAUUGUGAUCCUGGAUAACUCCCCAGGGGCUUACAGGAGCCAUCCAGACAAUGCCAUCCCCAUCAAGUCCUGGUUCAGUGAUCCCAGUGACACCGCCCUUCUUAACCUGCUCCCGAUGCUGGAUGCCCUCAGGUUCACCGCUGAUGUUCGCUCUGUGCUAAGCCGAAACCUUCACCAACAUAGGCUCUGGUGACAGCUGCUCCCCCUCCACCUGAAUUGGGGUGGGGGGGAAAGGGAGGGUGAGCCCUCGGGAUGCCGUCUGAUGCCCUGUCCAGUGGUGAGGACUGCCUGGGCAGGGUCUGCCCCUCCCUCCCCUCUCUGCCCUUGGAGCCCUGCACUCCCUGUGGAGUCUGGAUGGACACAUGGGCCAAACUCUGAAGCAGCCUCUCUCUAACUUCGUCUUCGCAAUCCCUGGAAACCCCAGACUGGAGGCCUAGGAGAGCCGAAACUGUCUGUGGUGGAGAGAGAGGACUGGCCAGAGUGAGACAGACAUUCGAUAAUCCGGGAGGCUCAGAGAGAAGCCAAGCCAGCUUUGUUGUGAUUUGAUUUUUUAAAAAACUGUUGUACAAAACUGAUCUAAUUCUUCACUCCAAGGUCUGGGUUGUGGGUGGGAAACUGGGAUUUGGGUCACUGGAUUUCCCCCAAACUUGUCCCCCCCUUACUUUUCUCUAUAUUUUCCUUUCCUAGAUUCCCUCAGACCUGUAACCAGCUUUCUCUCUCUGUUUUUCCUCACCUCUCCUCUCUUUUAAACCAUGUAUUAUAACUUUAAAACCAAAGCUGCCCCAGGUCCUUCUCUGGGGUUUUGGGACAUGAAGGGCAGAGGGGAGAGACUGCUGCUGGUCCUAGGGGUAGGGUGAAAAGGUGGGAGAGUGAACAUCUACAUCAAAUGCUUUUGCGGGAAGCAUCUUAGUGACAAGAUGGGAGUCCUGGCUAGGAGUGGAAGGACAACUGUAUGUCCUGAGGGAACCUGAGCUUCAGAGCAAUAGGACACAGAUGUAUGAAAGGAGAAACCUAAACACCAGAAAAAGCAUGUAGCUGGAGAAAGACCGGGCUGGGGGACUGAGGGACUUGA